AUGGAGGCAGAGCCGCUGCCCGAGCUCACAGAGAUGCCCCUCGGGGGGAAUAGGAGCACCUGGCUGGUGCCAGACACAGCCCUGCUGCCCCCAGGGCGGGACACUGCCAUGUUUGUCGUCCGCUGUGUGAUCCCUUCGCUUUACCUGCUUAUCAUCACUGUGGGCUUGCUGGGCAACAUCACCCUCAUGAAGAUCUUCAUCUCCAACAGCGCCAUGAGGAGCGUGCCCAACAUCUUCAUCUCCAGCCUUGCUGCCGGCGAUCUGCUGCUGCUGGUGACCUGUGUGCCCCUGGAUGCCUCCCGGUAUUUCUCUGAGGAAUGGCUCUUCGGGGAAGUGGGCUGCAAACUCAUCCCUGCCAUCCAGCUCACUUCUGUUGGUGUCUCUGUCUUCACCCUCACUGCCCUCAGUGCCGACAGGUACAAGGCAAUUGUAAAUCCCAUGGACAUCCAGACCUCCAGCGCAGUCCUGUGGACCUGUGUUAAAGCCAUUACCAUCUGGGUAAUCUCCAUGCUCCUAGCAGUUCCCGAAGCAGUGUUCUCCCAACUGGCCCACAUCAAUGACACGGAUAAUGCUACUUUCACAGCAUGCAUACCGUACCCCAUGACGGAUGACAUGCACCCGAAGAUCCAUUCUGUGUUGAUUUUCCUGGUGUAUUUUCUUAUUCCUCUUGCCAUUAUUAGUAUCUACUACUAUCAUAUUGCAAAGAGUUUAAUAAAAAGUGCACACAACAUCCCUGGAGAGUACAGUGAGCAUUCCAAAAGACAGAUGGAAACACGGAAACGUCUGGCAAAAAUUGUUCUAGUUUUUGUUGGCUUCUUUGCUAUCUGCUGGUUUCCUAACCAUGUGCUAUACAUGUACCGAUCUUUUAAUUACAAUGAGAUUGAUCCAUCAACAGCACAUAUGGUUGUUACCUUGGUGGCCCGAGUGCUAAGCUUCUGCAACUCUUGCGUCAACCCCUUUGCGCUGUAUUUUCUCAGUGAGAGUUUUAGAAGACAUUUCAACAACCACCUUUGCUGCAGGAAGAAAGGUCAGCAAGAGAGAUCUGCCAGCUACUUGCACAACUCUUCCGCCAUUCAAAUGACUUCCCUGAAAAGCAAUACCAGGAACACUGUGACUAGCAUGACACAACUGAAUGGGCACAACUUGAGACAAGAAAUGUCAUUAUGA